CGACUUGAAAGAAGAAGCAGUUACGGCUUUUGAAGUGGGGAAAAAAGUUUCGCGGAAGUGCUCUUGGAGACUGUAUUUUUCUUCUUAUAGCGUAAGAUAGGUGGAACAUGAAGAGGCUGCACCCAGACAAAGAGGAUGAACCAUUAAAUCUGACAUCUGUGGACUCCACUCCUUACUAAGUCAGAGCGCAACCCAAGCGGAUGGGUCUGGUGGCCAGACGCCAUGGAACCCGAUCCCUCGGUGACACUACUGAACUACUUCUGCAAACUGGGUUUCCCCAAAGCGCAGGUCCAAGCCGCUCUGGAGAAGUACGGCCCCGACACGGACACGGAUACGGUUUUAGCAGAGCUGGUUCGGAUGAACGCCGACGCCAGGUCUGGAACGGAGCCCGUCACCACCGUGUCGGUGUUGCUUACCAACCCCUGGACCGCCGAGCCCACCGUGACUUUGCCGCUGGCUCAGAGGGGCGAGGAGGGCGGCGGGGAUAAAGACGUUUUGAGGCCAAUCGUCAUAGAUGGGAGUAACGUGGCUAUGAGCCACGGAAACAAAGAAGUAUUCUCUUGUAAGGGAAUACAGUUGGCCGUGGACUUCUUCCUGGAUCGAGGCCACACAGCCAUCACUGUUUUUGUUCCUUCUUGGAGGAAAGAGCAGCCCAGACCCAAUGUACCAAUCUCAGAUCAGAAGAUUUUGGAAGUUUUGGAAAAGAAGAAGUACCUGACGUUCACGCCGUCGCGCUGGGUGGACAAUAAACGGGUGGUGUGCAACGACGACAAGUUCAUCGUAGAGCUAGCCUUCGAAACGGGCGGCGUCAUCGUGUCCAACGAUAUGUACCGCGACCUGCAGGUGGACAAGCCCGAGUGGAAGCGGUGCAUCAAUGAGAGGCUGCUCAUGUACUCGUUUGUUAAUGACAGGUUCAUGGUUCCUGACGAUCCGCUCGGCCGAGACGGACCAACCUUGGAGAACUUUUUGCGUUGGAUUCCGAAGACGACGAAAAAAAUGGCUUGCCCUUAUGGGAAGAAAUGCACCUUCGGACUCAAAUGUAAAUACUUCCAUCCCGAGCGAGCUUAUCAGCCCAACUGCUUGCUCGCCGACAGUCUUCGAGAGGAAGCAAAGCGCUCCUCCGCGGCUUCUGACUCCUCCAGAAGUCUGGUCGGUGUCCAAAACUUUGUUCAGGUGGAAGAGGCGAGGAAAUUGUCGCUGGAACUUGAGAAAAGCUCCUUAAAGAAAGACAAAGUGAGUCCCUGCUCCAAGCAGAAGAAGAAGAACAGUCUAACAUCUUCAGAUCACGGUUCUUAUAAACAGCUAGACUCUGGCGUGGGUUCUAUGGAAACCCCAUUACCAACAUCAGUUGGCUACAAGCAGAAGAAGAAGAACAGUCUGUCAUCUUCAGAGCAUGGUUCCUAUAAACAGCUAGACUCUGGUGUGUGUUCUAUGGAAACCCCAUCGUCAGAACGUAACUGGUCAAUACCAUCAUCUGGUGGCUACCAUUCAAAACUGCAUUCUCUUUCCCGGAGUGCACCACCAUGCCUCUGCCAUUCACAUGUGACUUCUCAAGACCACCACGGAAGCCUCAGGCGAGCGGAGCCAGCCGACGCGGCCUAUCGGGAGAAGAGAAAUGCGGCGCGCAAGAAGUUGCUAGCCACCUUCAGCGCUAAAGUUGUGGACGCGGCCAUGAGCAUGUACCCGAAACUGGUGGACCCCGUCAAGUUGGCGGAGAAUAUUUGGCUAGCGAGUCACAAUAAGAUUUAAAAACAUCGAAAACUUUUGUUUGGACACACAGUUGCACUUCACCAGAACUAUUACAGACUACCAAAAGGGUCAAAAUACAGACGACCCAAUUCUCAGUACUUCAAAAUAAAAGCGCUUCCAAAUGGAAGAGGUUACAUAAGCCCAGCCCUGCACUUUUGUCACACUUGACCUCAGUUACACAAGAUGUUUGGCGCGCCUGACGUAAAGAUUCUUUUUUGAUCACGAAAAUGGACCUCCCCUCUCUGCUGCAUAAAAUGCAAAUACUCCACUGAAGGAGGAUCUUCAGCUCUGCAUGUGUGCGCAAGUGAAAACAUUUUGUUCUUCUUGUUAGAGGUAUUGUCUUUUUAUUGUGCUUGUAUUAAAGUGUUGAUUUUUUUUUGGGAAUAACAAAGUCUAAUGGAAGAUAUUUUCAAAUCAAGUUGAACUUGUCACACUCCAUUUUUGAUGGCAAUGGAGUUGAUACAAAGCUUUAUUGUGCGUAAAAAAAAAAAUAAAAAAAAAACUCCUACUCUUAUGUGUUCCUUCAGUUAGAUUAUCAUGGUUGCUUCGGGAAUUGGGUUUGUUGCUUGAUGGUUGCUCAGAAUACUGUUCUACUAUGGAGAUAGAAUAGUGCCAAAAGAAGUGAGGUUGUAAAAUGAAAAUUAUCCCUGUAAAAUGACCAAU